AUGGCCGCGCGCCCCGGGCCGCUGUGGCUCGUGGGCCUGGCGCUGUGCGCGCUGAGCGGCGGCGGCCCCGGCCCGCGCCCCCCGGCCGGCUGCCCGGCCCGCCGCCUGGGCCCGCGCGAGCGCCGCGACAUGCAGCGCGAGAUCCUGGCGGUGCUCGGGCUGCCCGGGCGGCCCCGGCCCCGCGCCCCGCCCGCCGCCGCCCGGCUGCCGGCGUCGGCGCCGCUCUUCAUGCUGGGCCUGUACCGCGCCAUGGCCCGCGACGACCACGAGGACGGCGGCCCCCCCGCGCGGCGCCCGGGCCGCGCCGACCUGGUCAUGAGCUUCGUCAACGUGGUGGAGCGUGACCGCACCCUGGGCCACCAGGAGCCCCACUGGAAGGAGUUCCACUUUGACCUUACCCAGAUCCCAGAGGGGGAGGCGGUCACAGCCGCUGAGUUCCGGAUUUACAAGCUGGCCAGCACCCACCUGCUCAACAGGACUCUGCACAUCAGCACGUUCGAGGUGGUCAGGGAGCAGUCCAACAGGGAGUCUGACUUGUUCUUUUUGGAUCUUCAGACGCUCCGAGCUGGGGACGAGGGCUGGCUGGUGUUGGACGUGACAGCAGCCAGUGGCCGCUGGUUGUUGGGCCGGAACAAGGACCUGGGGCUCCGCCUCUAUGUGGAAAUGGAAGAUGGGCACAGCGUGGAUCCUGGCCUGGCCGGUCUGCUGGGGCGACGGGCGCCGCGCUCCAAGCAGCCUUUCCUGGUCACUUUUUUCAGGGCGAGCCCCGGUCCCGUCCGCGCCCCUCGGGCAGCGAGGCCCCUGAAGAGGAGGCCGCCGAAGAAAAGCAACGAGCUGCCGCACCCGAACCGCCUCCCAGGGAUCUUCGAUGACGUUCACGGCGCCGAUGGCCGGCAGGUGUGCCGGCGGCACGAGCUCUACGUCAGCUUCCAGGACCUGGGCUGGCUGGAUUGGGUCAUCGCCCCCCAGGGCUACUCAGCCUAUUACUGUGAGGGCGAGUGUUCCUUCCCGCUGGACUCGUGCAUGAACGCCACCAACCACGCCAUCCUGCAGUCCCUGGUGCACCUGAUGAAGCCGGAUGCGGUCCCCAAGGCGUGCUGCGCCCCCACCAAGCUGAGCGCCACCUCCGUGCUCUACUACGACAGCAGCAACAACGUCAUCCUGCGCAAGCACCGCAACAUGGUGGUCAGGGCGUGUGGCUGCCACUGAGGCCCUGCCCCCCUCUCCUGCAGGCAGGGAACACUCACAAGCCACCAUUGCUCGGGGGGGGGGGGGGGGUAGGGCAGGGAGGGCCACAUAUGCCUGCCGGGGUGCCCUGCCCAGCCCUGGGGUUUCUGGUAGACUUGCUGGCCCAGCCUCACAGGCCUGAAGGACGCAGCAGUGCUGCCCGCGCGGUGCCGCUUUGAUGUCCCGUCUUAGGACAUGUCCUUGGCCAUCCCCAGCCUGCGCUGCAGGUGGCCCCGGCCCGAGGGUGACCAGCUGGGCUCUGAGCAGGGCUCCUGCCCUCAGCACAGCAAGUACUGGGCUCCUAACGUGGCGCAUUCGUUGGCCACCCACCAGGCCACUGCAGCACCUACUUGCCUACCCUCCUUGGGGAAGAGGUGUGAGCACCCCCCACCCCACAAACAACCUUGGGGCGCCCAGUUCCCGCCAGCUUCUCCACCCUGAGAGACACCACUCUUAGAGCCAAGGCAGUGGCUGUGGCGGCCCCAACCGGCGCCAUCAGUACCCGGCCCGGUGUGCCUCCCACUGACCCCCGAUGGGCCCUCAGAACCGUCAGCACAAGACCCCACACACCCACCGGCCGCUCAGAGUUAAGAUGAAGCCCGUUUCUCGGGGCCCCUGCAGGCUGGGCAGGGGGAGCCGCGGGGGAGCCCCCAGAGGUAGAACAGGCCGCUGCUGCCGUGCCCCGCUGUGCCCAGGAGCCCAGACCUGUGAGCAAGAGCGGCCUGUGUCCCAGGGUGCGACAGGCAGUAAUUAGGGGUCCGGGCAGGGCGCUCCCUGAAACUGCUGCUCUCCUCAGAGCCGCCGCCAAGGCUGGACAGCCCCCCAGGCCCGGCAGAGGUGGGAGCACCGUGCCCCGGGGCGCAUCCCCGCAGUCACCUUGCCCCCGCCGAGGAGGGGACCCCGGUGUGGAGGCCGGGCCCUGUUGGGGGACAGCCGGUUUCGAGGAUCGCAGAGGGUGGGCCGGACUGGGUGCAGGGGGCCUGGACCGCGGCCUGGCAGCGCCCCGAGCGCAGUGCGCCUGGACUCCGGAGACCCGGGUUCUGUCUGGUUCCCCCGCAGCCUCUGACCCGUGUGCUGCCUGACGAGUCCUGCUCGGGGUCAAGCUUUAGUCUCCCCUGCUCCCGUGUCCAGCUGCCGCUUCGGGACCUUAGUGACCAGCGGUCGCCUCCCAACACCAAGGGCAGCGAAGGCCUGGGAACCUCCGACCUGCACUUGGGCUCUUGGAUGCCCAGCGUGUAGCCCGCAUGCCGGGGCUGGGGGCCCUGCCCGGUGUGCCCUGGGGUGCGUGAGGAUGGCCAUCUGGAUCCCCUGCCGCACCGUAGCUGACUUCUGGAGCCCACGGCCGUGCAGGCGACCACCAGACCGAACCCCAACCGAGAAGGCCGCGGAGUCAGUGCAGGGACAGCCCACUCAUUCCUGUGGCUCACCUGCCACCCAGGAUGCGGUCAAGGCGGGGGCGGGGGGGGCGUUGGCCUUGGACGAACAGCCAUGUCGGGGGCGCUGACCAGGCACCGUCCGCCCGCCCGCCGGCUCACCGGGCCUUCAGUCCGUGAGUCGCUGUGGAGGACAGUGGGUAACGUGCUUCAAGAAACGCCCAAAAUGCCACAGGACCAGGGGCUGUGGGUCGAGGAGCAGACCCGGCCUGGACUCCCAGCUCUGCGGCUGGUUCCAGUGACAUAGGAGGUCCCCCGCAGGUUCGAGGGCUUUCCUCAGGGCGUUGGCUCUGUCCUGGCAAGGCCGCCGGGGUCAGCGGGUGUUGCUUUACGGGAAUGUGCCCGUCUGGGCCUCCCCGGCGGCCUUGCACUCGAGGCUGCUCCUCCCAGAGCACAUCCAGCAGGUGCCCCUGUGUUGGAACCGACACUGGUCCUGCCUCGGGCUGAGGUGGGCCUGGUGCGCUCCCGGCCCGGGGACCUCAGGUGGCACGGGGCACACCCCUGCCGGGGCUGCUGUGUCCCCGCGCCGUCCCCAGGCCUCCGGAAUGCUGAGCUGGAGCUCUGUGGACGGUCUCUUCUCACCCAGAGCUGCAAGUCCGUUUGGCCCUAAAAAAAAAAAAAAAAAAAAAACUUUUCCUCACUGAGAAUAUCAGGGGUGUGGGCACCAGGGAAAUUUUUGAAAAUAAAAAGUAUCAUACAAAUACACACAGUCCCAGCACAGAGCUCAGCAUCCCCCGUACCUCCUUCUGGUCUCCUCGCGCACACGUCUGUCUCCAGGGUAGACACUACGGGUAGUUUACAGGUAGGAUCGUGCUCUGCGCGCUGCUUGGUGAUCUGAUUUACUCAACCUGAUAUAUUUUGAAAAUGUGUUAUUAAAUCUUUGAAAGCACGA